AUGUGUGCUUUGACAAUUGGCCGUCUCGAGGAUCUGCUGCAAAAGCGGCUUCUUUUUCAAGAGUGUGGCUACUGCAUCAGGGGCAUCAACAGCACAAAGUCUGCAAUAUAUUUGUGCCUUUCUUGUGGCGAGAUAUAUUGUUCACGUCAUUUCCCACUUCAUGCAGCAAAAUAUCCCCAUCCCAUUGCUGCCGAAAUUUCCCAGAAAUCAAAAUUUGAGGAUCAGGACAGCCACGUUAAGAGGGCAAAGAGUGCCGAUUUUUUUUCCGUGGCCCCAGUAACUUUGUCUCCCGGUUCGAGUCAAUUCGAGCCCUAUCAUGGCACCGAGAUCAAUCUUCAUGAUCUAAAUUUGCUGGUCUUUCCAGAUGAAGAACAGAAGGCGCCCAUUUGUCCCCAUAUUUCCGCCGUCAAUCCAUGGAGCGUUAGCAAUGUUCACAAAUGCAAUGCCUGUGAUCUUACUCACAAUCUUUGGUUGUGUCUAUCAUGCUCCACACUAUCUUGUGGUAGGAGGCAGUUUGAUGGCACCGGGGGAAAUGGCCAUUCGCUGGCGCAUUACGAUGGGGAGGGCCAUCCCAUUGCAAUCCGUCUCGGGACCAUGGCAUCAAAAUCACCAGAAGUUUAUUGCUAUGUUUGCGACUCAAUGACGUCCAUUGAUGAGAGGACCUCUUCGUAUUUACAUGAAUUUCUAUCCUCAGAGGCGGCCUCCCAGCUCAAUAGGGAACAGUCUCUUUUGGAGCUGGAAAGAAGCAAGCCAUCAGCUAUGGAUGAAUCUACGCUCUCAAAACACGAACUUCUCGAUAAUACAUACAUGGGAAUAAGAAAUUUGGGGAACACCUGCUACAUUUCUGUCAUUCUGCAGAUGCUUUUUUUUAACGCCUCCACUGCGAUUGGAGAUUUCCAUUUCCAGAAUUGCUAUAAGAACCCAAACUCUUGCUUGGAAUGCCAAUUGAUUAAAAUAAGCAUUGCCUUGUCCAGGCGUGAAUCCUAUGCCUUUUGUGACGGACUUUUCCCGGUUUGUUUUAGAAGGCUUUUGAUAACGGAGUUGCCCUCUCUUGCUUCUUCCUCUGCUCAGCAAGAUGCGGCAGAGUUUUUCCAAGCAUUUCUUUGCAAAAUUUCGCGCUUGGAUUCGUUUAGAGAAGCCAUCAAUUCUUCCUUCCCAGUCUCAAUUAUGAACGCCAUUGAGUGUGCUUGUUGUGGGAGCCGAAAAGUGACCCCAUCUUUUUCAGAUCAAUUUAGCCCUAUUGUUGUGGUCCCAAAGGGCAGCGUCACUUCUGCCCUUUCGAGCUAUUUUGGCUCUGAAAGGGUGAGCAAUUGUGACCAGUGCUGCACCGCUAAAUAUGCUCACAACUUUAUAUGUGCAAGCUCUGCUGUUCCAAAAUUUAUUCUGAUCCAGUUGUAUGUGUUUGAAUUUUCAGAUGGCAAAAUAGUCAAGGUGCCAAUAAAUUUGUCCUCCUUCUCGAUUGACAGCGAGUUUCCGGCCUCGGUGGUCAAAAUGGAGAAGGCUCAGGGUAACGCUGAAAAUUUAGACGAAUUGACUGCGCUCGGGUUUUCAAGGCCUCACAUCGAAAAGGCAAUCAAAAAUGCCGACAAUCCAUCAGACAUAAAUGCACUCGUCGAUUGGUUAUGUUCAAAUCCAGAAGACGAUGGCGAAUCUGCUUUGCCAAAUCACGAUGCUAGCGAUCAGGGAGAAAUGGUUUCCCUUUCUAAUCAAAAGUACCGCCUGUCAGCUAUAAUAGCCCAUUGCGGAAAAAGUACCAAUUGCGGACAUUAUUUUCUUUACAUCAAAAAUGAAGACGCUCAAUGGCUUAUGUUUGACGACGAGAAGGUCUACAAAAUUUCAGAGGCCAAAGUUGAUUUUGCGUCUUCAUAUCUUUUACUGUAUUCGCUUUGA